UUUUGUUUGUGUUUGUGCAUAUGAAUGAUUUGCCACUGCCAUUGUUUACUAGUAGUAACAUAGUCGUCAUUCUCAGUGACGAUCAUUGCAGGAGUUUAACUUGAUACAACCAAACUUGGUCAUUUUUUGUUGUUUAAUUUUUUAAUCGCAAUCGUUAAUUUUAAUCGCAGUUUCGUUGCCAUUUAUCUCAAAUUCAUCGUCAACCACAAUAAAAUAAAUAUUGUAAUGUGUUCGAGUGAUUGAAAAUCAAUCUUUUCAACAACAAAAAAAAUUGUGGUUGAUCGACGAUUAAAAAAACUAAUACAAUUGCCAUCAAUCAUAUAAGUUGUAAAGAUCGUUUGCAAUGGCACUGAAUGGAUUUCUGGAAUUUUUCCAAAAGGGAAAGGUAGGUCCUGGCCUACAUCUUCGUUCACAUAAUACAUUUCGACCGAAAAAGAGAUUUACUCAGGGAACAAUUCGAUACUCUCUACAUAAACAAGCUCAGGCCAGUCUACAAUCGGGUAUUAAUUUACGACAAGUAGUCAAAUUACCAGAAGGUGAAAACUUAAACGAUUGGAUUGCCGUGCAUGUGGUCGACUUUUUCAAUCGGAUUAAUCUUAUCUAUGGAACGGUCUCAGAAUAUUGUAAUGAAACAACAUGCCCAACAAUGAGUGGUGGUCCACGUUAUGAGUAUCUUUGGGCUGAUGGUGAAAAUUUUAAAAAACCAACACCUUUACCCGCACCCAAAUAUAUCGAAUAUCUAAUGGAUUGGACCGAAAGCCAAAUAAACAAUGAAUGUGUGUUUCCCGUUACGACAGAUGUGCCGUUUCCAAAAACAUUCAUAAAUCUUUGCCGAAAAAUUUUAACGAGAUUGUUUCGAGUCUUCGUACACGUUUACAUCCAUCAUUUUGAUCGGAUCGUCAGUAUUGGAGCGGAAGCCCAUGUGAACACAUGUUACAAGCAUUUUUACUAUUUUGUUCAAGAGUUUGAUUUGGUAUCGGCCAAGGAACUGGAACCAUUAUCUGAGAUGACUACCCAUGUGUGUAAGGAUUAAAGUUGGAAACUCUAUGCGAAAAGAAAUAAUACACACCAGCCAAAAAUCCGUAAUGGAUUUUAUGUACAAAUUUAUUGACAAUUUAUUUAUUGGUUAAUGCGUCUUUGUUUGUUUGUUUGUUUUUCCAUAUUAAAUGGUUGUAAUUUGUAUCUCACCAUAA